AUGUCGACCAUCACCAGGACAUUGCGGAACUUGUGGAAGAUCGGGAUCAAGGACUAUGGUCACCAGAUGCACUAUAUUGGUGAUACCAAAGCCGGUACCCUCGUAGCCAUCGACCGAUACGGAAACAAAUAUUUUGAGAACAACGAAGAAUUGCCUCUCCGAACUCGUUGGGUUGAUUAUAAAGACCAUGACCAUGAUGCUUCGCAUAUCGACCCCGGCUGGCAUGCUUGGAUCUCCUAUAUGGUUGACAAGCCACCCACUCAGGAUGCCAUCAUGCAAGCUGGGGUACGAAAAUGGGAAACCCCCGAGCACAGACCCAACAUGACCCUUACUCGGGCCGCAUACAAGCCAUACUCGACUGUAAAACCGAAAUACUCCGCCUGGGAACCAGUUGCUGUUCCCCGGUAA